AACCUACCGCCGAGAGAAAUCCUUUCUCUCUCUACAUUUCCUGGGUGCUGUCAUUUUGUGUCGACAAUGGGGAACUACCUUCCUACAGAUCAAGUUGACGAUGAUGCUGCGAAGGGUAUUGGUCCCUGUGGAAAAGGGGAUCCCAAUGACUUUUCAUUGACCCACAAGGAAAUCCACAUUAGUAUACCAAAAUAUCAAAAGAUAGCGGCUGAAAUGUUUAAAUGUAAUCACCUUCAUGAAAGCUAUCAAAAGUGUGCUGAUGACUCUGCACUUCCAAUGUACUCAUGUAGCGAUGAGAUAAACAAAUAUGUGGAAUGUGUAAGACAUUGGUCCACGGACCUUGAGUACAGAAAUGCAAUCACGGCAGAAUAUCUUGUACUGAGAGAGGAAUACAGAAAAACUGGUCGUAGAAGAUUGUAUCGUGGUCUAAAGGGUGAAACUUAUGUCACACUAGAACAAUUAACAGGCUUUAAAGUCUAGGCAAAUGAAAUAAACCAAUAGAAUUAUUUAUUUUA